GUAAUUGAGAUAGUAUUUGUCGUUGUGAUUGUGGUUCUGCUGAGUGGAAAGAAUGUUGAUGGGCAAAAAGAUCAAAGUUCGGACAAUUUUGAGUACUCGGCUAUAAGUUGCAGAACUCACGGUGCGUCGUUGACUGAUUUCGGAGGAGUUGGUGACGGAACAACGUUGAACACCAAGGCUUUUAAGGCGGCAAUCGACCAUUUGAGCCAGUUUGCAUCUGAUGGUGGAUCGCAACUCUAUGUACCACCAGGAAAAUGGUUGACAGGGAGCUUCAAUCUCAUCAGUCAUUUCACUCUCUUCCUCCACAAAGAUGCUGUUCUUCUUGCUUCUCAGGUUUUGAUACUUUCAUUCAUUAAACUUUUGUGUAGGACUUUGGGUCUGUUACAAUAUAUGUAUUCAUUUACCUAA